CUCCCAGCAGAAGGUACCGUUCCGGGCGACCGACACAAUGGCGAUGCUGGAGGGAACACUGUCCAAAUGGACGAACGUGAUGAAGGGUUGGCAAUAUCGUUGGUUCGUUCUGGAUGAGUACGCCGGGCUGCUGUCGUAUUAUACCUCGAAAGAGAAGAUGAUGAAAGGCGUCCGGCGGGGGUGCGUGCGGCUCAAGGGUGCGAUCAUCGGUAUAGACGAUCAGGAUGUCAACACGUUCACGAUCACAGUCGAUCACAAGACCUUUCACUUUCAGGCGCGCGAUGCCGACGAACGCGAAAAGUGGGUUCGUCGCCUGGAGGACACGAUUCUGCGGCACGCAAACCGCGGCCGGGGCCUGUGGGACAGCCAGUGUGGUGCCAGUGGUGCACUAAGUGUCAGUGCGGGAGGUUCUGGUCACGGUUCCGCUGCUGGUGGCGCUACCGGAACCAUGGGUGUGGGCACGGGUGGCGCAAGUGCACGACGCUCCAACAAUUUGGUACUGUUCGACCGGAAGGUGACCGAGGCGGACGCGUUUCUACAACUGAUGAUAGAACAGACAACGAAAAUUGACGCAAGGUUGGAAGCGCUCGGCGAGGCCGAUGCGGAGGAAGCGAGCUGUCUGAAGACCAUCAACGAACACGCGAAUGCCAUGCUGGACAAUAUCAAACACUCGAUAGUUUUGCUGCAAAUCACUAAGAACACGGCAAACCCCAUCAACGGUAUCUAUCAGGGGCCAGUGUCCAGUAAGUCGGAGACAGAAACUGAAACCAGUGACUCAGGUAGUACUUCUGUACCCUAUGCCCUCCGAUUAGCACUUCCGCUGACGCUCAGCAAUUCCUUCACCUCAGGUCUUGCCACGGUGGGCGUGCUUUCUUCGUCACUGACCACCGACAUCGAGGUUGCGGACGAGUGUAGAGAAAGUGUCCGUCGCGCCAACAUUGCUUCUAUCAGCGUGCCGGAAACGUCCUACUCGAGCUCCGAAGGCGAAGACGACUUCUUCGACGCAAACGAUGACCCGUUCACCUCUAGUCAAUUAAACACCCCGACAAGCAACACUCGAACACUAUCCGAGCACACUGCCCGCUUGUCGGUGGAGGACAACUAUGUUACGGCGGAGGACAAUACCAGUGGCGCCGGAUCGCUCAAGAAGCAGGACAGCAUCCUCGAACCGACAUCCAUAUCAUCGAGCGGCGGCACCACGUCCGGCCAUGAUACCGGCUCAGGAUACGGUGCAGGGCUGCAUCGUGUAGCCCGCAAGUCGUACGACUCGAAGUCCCUACCGAUCCGCACCGAUGGUAGCCUCGAUUACGAUGCCUUAUACGAAGACGAGUCCGACAACGACCUGUCGAUGGAGUCACACGGGUCCGUUGUCACGCACUUGCUGUCGCAGGUGAAGAUCGGUAUGGACCUGACCAAGGUGGUGCUGCCAACGUUCAUUCUCGAGCGCCGCUCGCUGCUGGAGAUGUACGCCGACUACUUCGCCCAUCCGGACCUGUUUCUGCGGAUAGCGGACAUGAAUGAUACCCGCGAACGGAUGAUACAGGUCGUCCGGUGGUACUUGAGCGCGUACCACGCCGGACGGAAGAGCUCCGUAGCGAAGAAGCCGUACAAUCCGAUCUUGGGCGAAAUAUUCCAAUGCCACUGGGAUACUCCAGAGUUGCCAACUGGCGAUGAGGCGUCAAACGUUGAGGUACAGGAUGGGCCAGUGCCGUGGUGCCGCAGGGACCAGCUAACGUUCAUAGCCGAACAGGUGUCGCACCAUCCUCCAAUAUCAGCGUUUUAUGCUGAGCACUACAAUAAAAAGAUCAGCUUCUCCGCGCACGUGUGGACAAAGUCAAAGUUUCUCGGUCUCUCGAUAGGCGUCCACAACAUUGGCCAAGGCACGGUGACGCUGUGCGAUCUCAACGAAGAGUAUGUUGUUACGUUUCCGAACGGCUACGGACGGUCCAUCUUGACGAUACCGUGGAUCGAGCUUGGUGGUACGGUAACCAUCACUUGCCCGCAGUCGGGAUACCGGGCGGACAUCGACUUUCUCACGAAACCGUUCUACGGUGGGAAAAAGAACCGAAUACAGGGCGAGAUUUACGGUCCCAAUGAUAAAAAGUCUUUCCUCAGCAUUAGCGGCGAAUGGAGCGGCCUAAUGGAGUACAAAUUCAACGACGGCAGCAAACCAUCCAAGUUCGAAACGUUCGUCGAUGUAAAUAGCAUACCUAUCUUCAAGAAGAAGGUACGCCCGGUUGGCGAGCAGCAGGAGCAUGAAUCGCGCAAGGUGUGGCGCGAGGUUACAGCCGGUUUGAAAAUGAAUGACAUCGAAAAGGCAACGAAUGCAAAGUUCCAGGUUGAGCAGAAGCAGCGGGAAGAGGCGAAGGAGCGCAAGGAAACGUUUGGCGAGUGGGAAACGAAGUACUUUAAGGGCGUGAAUGGAGAAUCCUGGAUCUACUCGAACCCACUGCUCCAUAGGUUAACGCUGGAGAAACGGGAUAGUAAAAGAUAGCAAUCGAACGAAUAUGAUACCACCAACAAUGGUACUAGUAGGUAAGGAAUCUCCGUAUUUGAAGUUAUAUAUACAUAUAUCUAUAUACAAAAACUCAUUACACACGCAAAUGUUGUACAAGAAGUGAGUAAGGGCAGGCGAAAAAGAUAGUGAUAAAAGAUAAUGGUGGCGAGAUCGAUCGUCGUCAGCUCAAGUUGAUCGUCCGACAGAGGUCGAUCUGUCAGAAAAUAACGCACGCACGACAGAGACGUACGAAAUGUUGAUUCCUCUUCGUCGAAAUAUCUUUCCAACUCCUCUAGAAAGUACUACUUUCUUAACUACAUGCUCCUCAGAAGUAGUUGCAUUUCCAUCAGUUUUUCGUUUUGUUUUCGUGACCGGGAAUGCAUUCUUUUGAUAACUGUUGGCAAGACCAUCACACGAUUCCAUCGUAAGGUACAGCGGCAUGAGGUAUGGCGUAUUGCGGUCUUUUAACCCGUUUUCAUUCAAGCUAGCGCUCACUCUUUGCUCAUCGUUGACCGUAUCUCUGUGUGAAAGUUCUUAGAACCUUUCCGGGACGUCAGGUUACUAGCGAACCGGCGAUGAUGGUGUUGAAAAUCUCAGUUUUUAGUCUAAUGCUGUUAUGUAGAAGAAAUCAAACAAUGUGAUAUGCACAAAUAACAUAAAAAGCAACCAAACCCCCAAGCAAAGAGCAAAAAAAACGAUACUUUCUCCUCGGGCGUUCGAAACCGUAUCCAGUUUGGCCCACCUCGUUCGGGAAAUGCGGGAAAUGAAAAGGGUAAAAGUCAAUCAACAAAUGGUCUCACCACAACCACACGUCGUCCGUUUGACACGGUGGCAAGGCACGGUAGAAGGAUGCGAAGGAACAACUAAAAACGAUACCUAAGAUUACCAUGCAUUCAAAAUAUGAAAAAGAUUACAGGUUUUCUAGAACCUGGCAUACGCAAGCAAAUAAGAACAUAGAAUGAAACAACACAUGUUAACAACAACAAUAUUUUCUAUUGAAAAUUAGUAAAAAAAGAAACGAACAACAGAGUUGAAAGCAAAUCCGUUUUUACUUGUCGAACGUACAACAGUUGCAUGUUUCGUUGUUUCUUCAUUUCGGGCAAAGAUUGCACAACCAUCCACGCCGCGGGUAAAAUUUAAGCACGAAACCAACAUUGUUAUCGUCGUGAGUAGCAAACAGAUGUACAUUUAUAAAACUCUACUACCUGCCUACAACUGUUGGUACCACUUCUCGCGUGCUGUAGACAGCGCGUGGAGCACAUACAGAGAUGGAAAUUAUUAAACCAACAAACCAACACAUGUUACAACACCUAACGCUAAUGCUUGUUAGAGACGGCGGAAACUGAUGGGGAAAACGGAAAACGUAAAACGAUGAUGGUACAUCGGCAACGAAAAACAGGCAUUUAACAGGUCCACACACGCAGAUACUAGCCCCGCAAAUCGUUAACGAAAAUUAGUAAACGUAAAAGUUUAAAAAGAGAGCGCACUAUUCUAACCAAGAAGUUAUGCAAGGGCAUACGUCGUCAGAGUUAUCAUUCUUAGCUAACACCGACAGUUGCUGUAAUACACACAAACACACACACACACAAACGCAACCAUAUUCUCUUUCCACGCGCGCAACAUACGCCAACGCCAACAUCCUGAAAGCACAUUGUUAAAGUUAGCAACGAUUGUGUAAUAUCAGCAUACUCUCACGAUUACAUUUGAUAAACUAUGGACGCUCCAUCGAAGGGCAAGAAUGGUCGCCUAGUGGUCGCUAGAAAUCAGGUAAAAACACUAAAACUAACAAAGCAUAAAAAGAACACAAAGCUCUCAAAGUGACACGACGUUUAGCAGCAGUACGACAUGCCGUGGUCGUACUCGAUCGACGAGCUGCCGCCAGGUCAUGCAAACAGCAUUAUUAUAAUUUAAUCAAAAUAUGUCCAACACGAAACUAGUUACGACAAACCACACACCACUCUUAGAACACACAGAUAGUUUUAAAUUGAAACUUUAUACACUUCCUUCCUGGUUAAACAAGGGGAAAUAAAGUCCAUGCAAG